AUGGUGGCCAGGAUAAUGGAAGCGGCCAGCCUCUUCGAUGCGCGAUCUGUGGACUUCCCCAAAAGGGACCACUCCUAUGUGCAAACCUUCAUCAAUCCUUACAUAUAUGAGCCGUCUUGCGCUCUCGCCAUAAUCGGUGUUGUCGUCAUCCUACUUCUCUCCCUAUACUCGUUGUCGCAGUAUGUGCGCCAUCGAUCAUGGUUCUUCUGGACAGCCAUCAUCGCCAUCGUCAUGUUGGACCUUGGCUUCAUCACGCGCCUGGUAUCUGCCUAUGACGAGGCAAAAGAAGAUCCCUUCCUCAUCUCCUGGCUCAUGAUCCUCCUCGCACCCAGUUUCCUCGCCGCAGCUUCCUAUACCGCAUUUAGCCGCGUAAUCUGGUUCAGCUGUCCGACGCACGCACUCAACUUCCAGACGCUAUGGUGUUUCCCGCGCUGGAUAACCUCCACAUUCGUAACCUUUGAUCUCUUCUCCUUCGCCGUCCAACUCAUCGGCGCGUCCCAGAUAAGUAGGCAAUAUGACCGUUCGCCCUCUGGAUCCCGCACUAUUAGCUCCUCCGAGCGCAAGGCUCUCCCAGGCCGCGUCAUCUUGGUCCUAGGCCUUGUCCUGCAAAUGAUGUGUUUCGUCUCCUUUUCCAUCGUAAGCAUACGCUACUUUUACCUGUCACGCCACUGGUCCGCACAUGAUCUAGGCGACAUGCAUCUGUGGCGUAAACUGUCCUACACCAUCAACCUGUCGUCUGUACUCAUCGCCUUACGCGCCGUCUACCGCACAAUGGAGAUUCCGCACGACCGCAACUACGGCCUUUUGUACCUACAGAGCCACGAAUGGUGUUUCUGGGUCUUUGACGCCGCGCCCGUGUUGCUCGUAAUGGCGGUUUUUGCCAUUUGGCAUCCUGGACGCUACCUCCCGCGAUCAUAUACCGGAUUCGCGUUGAAUAAAGAGAGGGCAGUCCAGGAGAAGGAUGAGAUUGGUUCCAUGGAUCGUGGUGUCAAGGGCGGUCAAUUAAUUGAGUUGAAGGACUAUAGACCAGAAGACUUUGAAGGGAGAAGAGCUGGGAGUCAUGUAUGAAACCCUUUUUUAUUUCUUGAACUUAUUGCAUGAUACCACUAAAUGAUAUAUUGAUAUGAAUCU